AUGAGUACUUCCCCCACACUGUUUGAUACAUCGAGUUCUUCUGCUGCAACCCGGCUUGCUUCACCACAGCAAAAGAUCAUGGAUACAAAACCACGUAAAUUGCGUUCUCAUGGCAACCAGCCGCAACAGCAGCAAAAGUCCAACAAUGCCAAUAAUAAAAAGGCACCAUGGCGUGUACCUGGUAACUUUGAGAUACCAGACAUUAUAAAAGAAGCAUGGGAAAAAAAUAAAAAUAAGAUCCAUCAUAAUAUGAUACAACAGCCCAAAAAGAAACCAGCAGAGAACAAACCCAAUGUGCAAACAAAGCAGCGUUGGAUUCCAGUCGGCAAAUCACCCAGCAUCAUUCCAUUACCACCACCAAUAGUUAAAGUCAAACACAAAUUACAUGCUGAGUUUGACGCUAAACUUCGGAAAGUGCUUCCCGGAUCAAAGAUCAUGGAGUUGAAUCCUAAAGAGCAAUUUGAAGGUCUUCGUCAAGUGGGUAGUGGUGCCAAUGGAGCUGUUGUACGAGCAUUAAGAAAGCAUACAAAGACACAUGUAGCCAUCAAAAGAUGCUAUAUCGAAGAUCAAGACAAACCUCAUCACGCCUACAUCCUAAGAGAGUUACGUAUUAUGGGAUGCUUGAGUCACCCCAACUUGAUUCAAAUCAGAGAAGCUUGCCUCUGGGAAGACCAUCUUUGGAUGUGUAUGGAACUUAUGUCCUGCUCCGUAUUCAAUCUCUUGUAUAAUACCACUGUUGGCCUAAGUGAAGGUAAUGCAGUUCGCAUCGCCAAAGAGUGUUUGGAAGGUCUCGUCUAUCUUCAUUCCAAGAAUUACAUGCAUCGUGACAUAAAGUGUGAGAAUAUACUCUUGAGUCGAAACGGUCAAGUCAAAUUAGCUGAUUUUGGUUUGGCCACUCCCAUCAAUAAGGUGAACACAUCUCGAUUAGGAACAGCCAAGUGGAUGGCACCUGAAGUUGUUUCCGAAAGCCCCUACAAAGAGAAUGUUGAUGUCUGGUCACUUGCUAUCACCAUGAUUGAAAUGAUGGACCGUGUACCUCCCCUUUACUAUCUUGAGAACAGUCAAGAUAUUUACGCUGAUAUCUUGUACGGCGAUCCACCAAAAUUCCACUUUUCGAUUCCUUCAAAAGGAAUGACUGAAUUGGUGCGCUGGAUGCUGACUCAUAACGGACUUGCACGUCCUGGUGCCAAAGCAGUGUUGAAGAGAAUUCAUGGUGACAUCAAAAACGGUACUCUUGAGUGUACGAAACAAAAGGAAUUGUCUUAUCUUGUUCGUGAAGUAUUCCCUGAUGCUGUCGCCUAA